AUGUGGUUGUACCUGGUGGCCCUGGUGGGCAUGUACCACCUUGUGCGCUGGUACCAGGAGAGGCAGGUUGUCGACCAGCUGCAGGACAAGUAUGUCUUCAUCACGGGCUGUGACACAGGCUUUGGGAACCUGCUGGCCAAGCAGCUGGAUAUGAAGGGCUUUAGGGUUCUGGCUGCGUGCCUGACUGAGAAUGGGGCCGAGACACUGAAGGCACAGACUUCAGAGAGGCUGGACACAGUGAUCCUGGAUGUCACCAAGUCAGAGAGCAUCGCUGCUGCCACCCAGUGGGUGAAGGAACACACAGGAGACAGAGGUCUCUGGGGCCUGGUGAACAAUGCUGGAAUCUCAGGGAUUUUGGCUCCCAAUGAGUGGCUGACCAGACAGGACUUCAUGGAGGUACUGGAUGUGAACCUGCUAGGGGUGAUUGACGUAACUCUGAGUCUGCUACCCCUGCUGAGGAAAGCCCAGGGCCGGGUGGUCAAUGUUUCCAGCAUUCUUGGUCGUAUUCCCCUGUUUGCUGGUGGCUACUGCAUCUCCAAAUUUGGUGUGGAGGCGUUCUCAGAUACCCUCAGGAGGGAGCUCUCUUUCUUUGGAGGGAAGGUGGCUAUAAUUGAGCCUGGUUUCUUCAAAACUUCUAUGAGCAAUACUGAGAAGCUUGGUCAGAAUUUCAAAAAUGCAUGGGAUCAGGCCAGCCCAGAAGUCAAAAGCACCUACGGGAAAAAAUUCCUGAAAUCCGGUAUAAAAAUAUUUCAAAUCUUACAACCAAUAAUGUCUGAGGAUCUGUCUUUAGUGGUAGGCUGCAUGGAGCAUGCUCUGACCUCCUGUCAUCCUCGGACCCGGUAUUCAGCUGGUUGGGAAGCUAAACUGAUUCUCCUCCCCUUGAGCUACAUGCCCACCUUUCUGGUGGAUGCCAUCAUCCGAUGGAACAUGUUAAAGGCUACCAAGUCCCUGUGA